GUUGCUCCCGGAGCCUCCAUCCCCUGCCCACUCACCCCAGCUAAUUUCAUUGGGCUUCAUUCGAUUUUUCCGAGAGGCUAUGGCAAUAUAAAUAAUAAAGCAAGAGAGGCAGAUCCAUUUGGCUGGCUCAGUGGACUUCUCCUGAAUGUGCUGACAAUCCUCAGGGAAAAUGAACCCCACGCUGGGCCUGGGCCUCUUUCUGGCUGGCCUGCUCUCCGUGAAAGGUCUUCUGAAGCCCACCUUCUCGGAUCAGAAUCACGAAACUUUGGACCGGUCCAGAGAGUGGAAAGGAAGGAUGGCAGCCAAGGAGCUUGCAAAGCGCAACAUGGGUUUUGGCUUCAAGCUGCUCAAGAAGCUGGCCUCCAUCGACUCCAGCAGGAACAUCUUCUUUUCCCCCCUGAGUAUCUCCACAGCCUUCUCCAUGCUGUCUCUGGGGGCCCAGGACACCACCCUGGCCGAGAUCAAGCAGGGAUUCAAUUUCAGGAAGAUGCCAGAGAAAGACCUUCAUGAGGGCUUCCACUACCUUAUCCGCAAGCUGAACCAGGAGACCCAGCGCGUCAAGAUGAAACUUGGGAACACCCUGUUCAUCGACCAGAAGCUGCAGCCACAGCGGGAGUUUCUGAGAGAUAUCAAGAACUUGUACUACGCAGACACUGUCCCCACCAACUUUCAGAACAUGGAAAACGCUCGGGAGCAGAUCAAUAAUUAUGUCAGUGAGAAAACCCAUGGAAAAAUUAACAACCUGGUCAAGAAUAUAGACUCUGGCACUGUGAUGCUUCUUACAAAUUAUAUUUUCUUUCGAGCCAAGUGGCAGUAUGAGUUUGAUCCAAAAUCAACUAAAGAGGAAGAUUUCAUUCUGGAGAGAAACAAUUCAGUGAAGGUGCCCAUGAUGUUCCACGGGGGCAUGUAUGAAGUUGGCCGUGACGACCAGCUCUCCUGUACCGUCCUGGAAAUACCCUACCUGAAAAACAUCACAGCCACCUUCGUUCUUCCAGACGAGGGCAAGAUGAGGCACCUGGAGGAGGCCUUGCAGGAGGACAUUUUUGCCAAAUGGAAGCCAUUAAUGUUACACAGGGUUGUAGACGUGACUGUGCCCAAACUCCACAUCACGGGCACCCAUGACCUGAAGAGGACUCUCUCCCACCUGGGCAUCACCAGGGUCUUCGAGGAGCAUGGCGACCUCACCAGGAUCUCCCCUCACCGCAGCCUGAAAGUGGGCGAGGCGGUGCACGAGGCUGAGCUGAAGAUGGAUGAGAAGGGCACGGAGGGGGCCGCGGGCUCCGGAGCACAGACGCUGCCCAUGGAGACGCCAAUGCCCGUCAAGAUAAACAAACCAUACAUACUCAUAAUCCACGAGACGUUGACGCCUUCCAUACUCUUCUUGGGAAAGAUUGUUAACCCUAUUGGGAAAUAAAGGGGAAUUCUUGCUUGCUGUAGACGCCAAUUACGGCUUGGGGCUGAAAAUGUUUCAUCUCCCUGGGACGGAGGCCACAUGCACAUUCUACUCUAAUCCCAAGACCGCCUGGUGAGAGCAUUGCCAGCUCUCAGGGCUCCUCUGCGCCAUUUCCUCCCUCAGCCCCCUCCCUACUCAUUCCACGGUCAAGAUCGGGUGCCCCCCACCCGCUUGGUGGUGUUCUCUCCCACCCAGCA